GCGUGUAGCGGACUAGCGGUGUAGAUGCGGCUCCAAAUUGUAUGCACAUGUUUGAGUCGUGCUUGUUAAUUAUAUUAAUAUAAAAUAUAAAUAAUAAUUAGAGUGAUAUUAUUAAUAAAAAAACCAAUAAAAUGUUGGUUUUAUUUGAAACCCCUGCUGGUUAUGCAAUUUUUAAGUUGCUGAAUGAAAAAAAAUUGGAAAAAAGUGAAAAUCUUUAUGAAGAUUUUAUAACACCUGAAAGUGCAAGUAAAGUCUUGAAACUUAAACAUUUUGAAAAAUUUGCUGAUACAACAGCAGCUCUUGAAGCAACAACAGCAGCAACUGAGGGUACAGUAUGUAAAGCAUUAAAAAAAUUAUUAAAAAAACAUUGUGAUGAACAGCUUGCUGUUGCUGAUGCAAAAUUAGGAAAUGCAAUUAAAGAAAAAUUAAGUCUAACUUGUGUUAGUAAUACAGCAGUACAAGAAUUAAUGAGAUGUAUCAGAAGUCAAUCUGAUAGUUUACUUGUUGGUUUAGAAAAAAAAGAAAUGACUGCAAUGGCAUUGGGUUUGGCUCACAGUUUAUCACGUUAUAAAUUGAAAUUUUCACCUGAUAAAAUUGAUACAAUGAUUGUUCAAGCAGUAUGUCUUUUAGAUGAUAUUGAUAAAGAAUUAAAUAAUUAUGUUAUGAGAGCAAGAGAAUGGUACGGAUGGCAUUUUCCUGAGUUGGGAAAAAUUAUAACUGAUAAUGUUGCAUUUGUUAAGACAAUUAAAGUUAUUGGUACAAGAGAUAAUGCAAUAAGUUCUGAUUUAUCUGAUAUAUUACCUGAAGAAGUUGAAGAAAAAAUUAAAGAAGCUGCUGAAAUAUCAAUGGGAACAGAAAUUUCAAUAGAAGAUAUUAUGAAUAUUCAAAAUUUGUGUGAUCAAAUCAUUGAUCUAUCACAAUAUCGUGCUGGUUUAUAUGAUUAUUUAAAAGCAAGAAUGAUGGCUAUGGCACCAAAUGUAACAGUACUUGUUGGUGAACUUGUUGGUGCUAGAUUAAUAUCACAUUCUGGUUCAUUGAUUAAUUUAGCUAAACAACCAGCUUCAACAGUACAAAUUCUUGGUGCUGAAAAAGCACUUUUUAGAGCAUUAAAAACUAAAAGAGAUACACCAAAAUAUGGUUUGAUAUAUCAUGCUCAAUUGGUUGGACAGGCAUCAACCAAAAAUAAAGGUAAAAUGUCAAGAAUGUUAGCUGCUAAAGUAUCAUUAGCAACAAGAGUUGAUGCUCUUGGUGAUGAUGUUACAUUUGAACUUGGUGCUGAACAUAAAGCUAAAUUAGAAUCAAGAUUAAGAAUGUUGGAACAAGGAAAUAUGACACGUUUAAGUGGUACAGCUAAAGCUAAAGCUAAAUUUGAAAAAUAUCAUUCAACAUCUGAACAUGUACAGUAUCCAGCUGCUGCUGAUUCAACAGUAUCCAAGAGAACAUUUGAUCAAAUUAAAACAGAAUCUGAGGAAGAACCAGCUAAAAAAAAGAAAAAACAUCAAAGUGAUCCAGAUGUUUCUGAGGUUACUAUUGAAGAUACCCCUGCUGAACCAUCACAAAAGAAAAAAAAGAAGAAGAAGAACAUCAAACAAGAAGAAGGAGAUGAUGAAGUUUUCACUGAUGUAACUGUCAAAGCUGAAAUUAAAACUGAAGUUAAAGCUGAAGCUGAAACUGAAGCUCCAACAACUGAGAAAAAGAAAAAGAAGAAGAAAGAAGUUAAAGAUGAACCAAUGGAUGUAACUGUUGAAGCUGAAGCUGAAGCAGAACCAGAACAAUCCACAGACAAGAAAAAGAAAAAGAAGCAAAAAAUAAAAACCGAAGAUGUAAAAGUUGAAGCACCUGAAGAAGUCGCACCUGAAGCACCAACUAGUGAAAAGAAAAAGAAAAAAAAAAAGAAAAGUCAAUCAAAUGAUUAAAUUCAUUUAAUUUCCAUUGUUUAAAAAAUAUAAACAAUUAUAUUUUCCAAUUUU